GUCACUGGACAUACGAGUGGACAAUUUCAUUGACGUGUAAAUACCACUGAUGGCUCUUGAAUUGUUCUGAGAGCAGAUGUUAGAGCUCUGCUGUGCAUUAUAUCACCAUUUUUUAAGAAGUAGCCCAUGUUUGGCCGAUGUUUUGAUGAACUGGUUUGCCUGGACAUAACUCAGGUGGAUUUAGAGCAGAGUGGGACUUUGGUCUGAAUAUUACUGAAAAAGUUCAGGGCCUAAAAGUCUUUGAAGGUAAAAUUGGUAAGACUUUUGAUCCACUUUGUUGAAAAUGGACAGUGCAUGUGCUGGUGCUGGGAACCAGCUUCUCCAUGUGGACAUCCACAUUGAUGAGCACGAACCUCAGAGAGGAAUCCUGGACCUUCUCAGCAGACUCCGUCCUCACUGGAAGGCACAGGACAUUCAGAUGAAGACGUUCACAGAGGGCAUCACCAACCAGCUGAUCGGCUGCUACGUGGGCUCUCUCCAGGAGCCUGGUUGUGUCCUGGUGCGGCUGUACGGCAGAAUGACGGAGCUCUAUGUGAACCGGGACCGGGAGGUGGAGAUGUUCCAGGUCUUCCACGCCCACGGCUGCGGCCCACAGAUCUACUGCAGCUUCCAGAAUGGCAUCUGCUACGAGUUUGUUAGAGGAACGGUGCUGGACGACGACCUGCUCAAGCAGCCCUCCAUCUACAGAUUGAUCGCAGCAGAGAUGGGGAGAAUCCACUCGAUCCAGCCAAAAUGUGGUCUGUCUGCUGAACCUCUGCUCUGGACAAAAAUGUCCCACUUUCUCACACUGGUGCAGAGCAGCAUCAACAGCAGCCCGGCCGAGCAGUGCUGCACAAAGAGUUCUGCGGCUCUGCUAGAGGUGCCCAGCUUUGAGACUCUGUCAGCGGAAAUGGAGUCACUGAAGAGACACCUCUCGCAGACUGACUCGCCGACUGUCCUCUGCCACAACGACCUCCUGACGAAAAACAUAAUAUACAACCAGAAAGAGGGAAUGGUGAAAUUCAUUGACUACGAAUACGCCGAUUACAACUACCAGGCCUUCGAUAUUGGAAAUCACUUCAACGAAUUUGCCGGUGUGAAUGAUGUUAACUACAGCCUGUAUCCGAGUCGGGAGCUGCAGAGGGACUGGCUGACGGCCUAUCUGGAGAGUUACAAGCACAGCACAGGACGUGAGGUCACGGUUACAGAGGCAGAAGUUACGCAGCUCUACAUUCAAGUCUGCAAAUUCUCACUGGCGUCCAACUUCUUCUGGGGUCUCUGGGCCAUCCUGCAGUCUCGCUUUUCAUCCAUCGACUUUGACUUCCAAAGAUACGCCACAGCACGACUCAACUUCUACUUUGAGAAGAAAGAGGAAUAUUUUGGCCUGACAAUGAACUAGAGACAGAGGACAAAGGACCAAUGAGUUUUAAAUGAGAAGUAGCCUUAUCUGCUUUGUGUGUCCAAGAAGAGUUCUUACUGAUGUGACCCGUGUCCUUCCUUGUUGCACUGAACAAUAUCAUCUGUGGAUGGAAGGCACAGAAUAAGCUUAUAAAAGUGCUCCCCAUUGUUUGUUAUUUCAGGCUGAAGUGUGAGUUAAUAUGUUUUGCUAUCACUGUGAUUUCUAAAAUAUUUGUUUUACCACAGUCACUAUGCCGAUAAGCUUAUUUGGCAAAUUGAGAUGAGACUGACGCCAGAAACACAUUAAUUGUUCCCACAUUUAGCCGGGUCGCAUAAAGCCACAAAAACUGAGCCUGAUCAUAAAACCCGUAAGAGAGUUAUUUGCAGGCUUAUUCAGUGCGUACCGCAGUUCUGAUGGAAAACAAGUUUUCAUUUCAACUUAUUUACUGCACCGAGCAGUGCAUUAUUUUAAAUCUGUCUCUGUCCUUAAGACUUGUUAAGCUGCUUUGUCGGCACCUCACGGAUGUUCAUCAAGCAGUAAAUAGCUUAUUUGUGUCAAAAUAGUGUGUAAAGACAGUAUUUAAUUCUGAUUCUACAUAAAUCAUGUCACAAAUUUUUCCUUUCAUUAGUAAAUUGUGAAAUGCUUCACCUAUUUGUCCACAUUAUAAAAGUGCUUCAGCCCAAAAGUCAGUGUAAAAAGCGUCUUUGCUCCCUGACCGACUGAAAGUGCUGUUACUACACCUCCAACAGACUCCUUCAGAAUGGGUCAUUUUGAUUUGAAUAUAACUAACUUUUCUUUUCUUUAAAUACCAUAGUCUACCUAACAGUGGGGACACACUACACUGAUGUCCUUACCACACGCUUCCUUGUUGCAGGUCAUUAACUUGUCUGAAAUGUUCACUGAGUCAAUGACCUAGUGAGUGUUUUAGAAUUCAGAUCAAUGCAUGAUACAAGAAGACAAUCUACAUUACAUAUACUGUAAUAAAAGAAUAUGAUGGUUGGUUGGCAAGACGUGUAGGAAGGA